AUGGAGUUCAACAGUCUCAACGAGCAGAGAGCAGACGCUCACGACGCAGCUGAAGCAAGAGCUGCUGCUGCCGCUGCCUCGGCUGAAGCCGAGACGGACUCAGCCUCAACCUCCCAUCCUUCUGACUUCUCGCCACGUCGGAAGGGGGCAGCACGAUUUUCGAAUGCAAACACCUCUUCCGCUACUGCUGCAGAGACUCCAUUUGGAAAGGCAAUAGCUAACGAACAGGACGCCCACGCACAACCCCUCGAAGACGGCUCGCUGCCAACGACUGGCCUUGGCUCUGCUGAGCAUGCACCAUCAACAUCUGCUUCUGACGAAAGUACAGUUGACACGGAAUCAGGGCAGCCGAUCAAGCCGCACAACCUGCUCUCAGCGACGGAGCUGCUCCAAGCAGGCGGUAACCCACUGUCGCCCUUUGCACCGGCGCCUAUCCUGCGUCUCAAUGCGAUCCGCAUCGCUGGAGCAGGCCGCGCCCUUCGCCCCGGAUACCUCGCCUCGCUCUGUCGACCUUACAUGGACCCGUCGCUCUCGGACCAGAAUGCAAACGCAAGCAUCCUCACUUCGCUCUACUACGGCUCGCGCACGUCGCAUGUUCUUCCCGGUCAACCCACGACUCUACCCUCUAUUCUCGCGCUCACCUCAUCGCUGGCGGGCGACCUGGACAAGCUUGACGUGUUUCGCAACAUCGAAGCCUCGCUGGCCCCUUCCAUCUUUCCCGGGGCGAGCGAAGAAGAUGUCGAUGUGAUCUUGGCGUGUGGCAAACCCAAGGGACGCGUCUUUCUCAAAUCUUCCACCGAUGUCGGCAACGGCGAAGGAUCCGCCUCGGUUCAAGGUCGUAUCCGCAACGUCUUCGGUGGCGCAGAGACACUCCAGGGCAGCGCGACGUUCGGCACGCGGACGAAGCAGGCGUUCAACCUCGAGUUCGGUGGCCCGCUCGCUGGGAACCCGGAUCUCGAGUACAAGCUGGCAGCGUUCUCGCACGAUCGCGACUACUCGGCGUUUGCUUCGCUCUCCGAAAGUGUGCAGGGUCUGCGUGCGAGUCUCAACAGCUCGUUCACCGACGAGCCCAAAGGUGUCAUCAAUCCGACGGAGCUUGAUGAUGACGAAGAGACAGCAACGGCGAUAACGACGCAGCACGAAGUGGCGUACGAAGCGUCGUUACGCGAGCUAGGGAGGGUGAUGGGCGACGCAAGUGUGGCGGUGAGGAAGAUGGCGGUGGCGCCGAGUGUCAAGUCUGCUUUGAGCUGGACCUGGGUGCGGGAGAGUCGGGAUAGUCCGGUGCUACCGAGCAGAGGUGGCAAGGUGAAGACGCUGCUGGAGUAUGCAGGAUUGGGUGGCGAUGCUCAACAUGUCAAGGCGGAGGUGGAAGCGACGACGGGUCGACAUUUCUCGCCUUUGCAGUGGUUGUUCCCAUCCUCAUCCUCAUUCUCUUCACCUUCAGCACCGUCCCCAUUCGUUGAAGAAACCACUCCCGCUUCCGAUCCAGUUCCAGCAACGUCAGGCGAUGUGGACGCCACGCUUACAACCACCCUCCCAUCACUGCACCCAGUCUACACAACGCUCACCUUCCGCUCCGGCCUGCUCCACCCGCUCUCCUCGUCCCACACCCACUUCAGCGAUCGCUUCCAGCUCGGUGGACCGACCUCGCUCCGCAUGUUCCGCCAUUCGUCGCUGGGUCCCAAGUCUGACACGGACUCACUCGGCGGCGACGCCUUCUGGUCGCUCGGAACGUCGCUGCUCUCGCCCAUCCCGCGCAAACCGCACUGGCCGCUCAUGCUGCACGCGUUUGCCAACGCCGGACAGAUCGCGCAGCUCCCGCAUCGUUCCAGCAGCAGCACCGGCACAGCCAACUGGACCGGGCUAACGCAGUUGGCGCAACCGAGCACCAGUGUCGGCGUCGGGCUCGUGUACAUGCAGGGCCAGCUGAGGGUCGAGCUGAAUGCCGGCGUGCCCAUCACCGCGCGAAAGGGCGAUGGCACCAGGAAGGGUCUCCAGCUUGGCAUCGGGAUUGAUUUUCUGUAG